UUCGUCUGUAUAUUUACGGUGAAAUUGGAACAGCCCAAUAUCAAGGAACGUUUGAAUUUGCAUGUCAAGAGGCGGCUGCAACAGGAUGCAGAUACCCCAGCCGAGAGCACUGAGUUAUUCCCUGAUCUGUCCUGGCAAGGAAAGCGUGGCAAGGCGAAGGAACCUAUGAAACAACGCAAACCGUAUCAGAAACGAGCGGAAAAGACUAAAACGGAGACCACAAAGUGCAAGAAAGCCACGCAAAUCGCCAGCCCAGCGCUAGAAGCGGAGCCACUGGACGAGCAGGAGACUGAAGCAGUCGGUUCCCCAGAGGCGGCAGAGCAUAAGUCCACUAACCGAGAUCGCUAUAAGAAUGCGGACAUACUCAAUAUGGUGCUGAGCUCCAAAAAGCGAGCUCUAAUGCAGGAUCCCGAGGUUCAGGCAUUCUGGACUCGAAUCAUGGCAGCCAUCAAGACCUAAA